CCAAGCCAUGACUCCAAUGUCCAAAGUGCAUUCAGAGGAAACUACGACCUGACUUGUUUUGUCCAGGAGCUAAUAGUAUUGAGCAGCGACUGCUGGUCACAGUUACGAGCAUGGAGAAAGAGAUGAUUGUGGGAAAAGAGCAGGAAAGGAAAGGGAGGCUGACCGUGGUCUUGGCCUUGGCUACCCUGAUCUCUGCGUUCGGGUCAUCUUUUCAGUAUGGCUACAAUGUGGCUGUGGUCAACUCUCCAUCUCCGGACAUGCAGAAGUUCUACAGCAGUGUGUAUGAGAGCCGUAAUGAAACCCUUACAGACAGUGUUCAGACUCUGCUGUGGUCCCUCACUGUAUCCAUGUACCCACUGGGUGGCUUCUUUGGCUCUCUCAUGGUGGCUCCACUGGUGAACAGCUUUGGAAGGAAAGGCACCCUCUUGUUCAACAACAUCUUCUCCAUUGUCCCUGCUGUAAUGAUGGGAAUCAGUGAGGUGGUGAACUCAUUUGAAAUCAUUAUUGUUGCUCGUGUCAUAAUAGGAAUCUGUGCUGGCCUUUCUUCCAAUGUGGUGCCAAUGUAUUUGGGAGAACUGGCCCCCAAGAAUCUGAGAGGAGCAAUUGGCAUCGUGCCUCAGCUUUUCAUCACUGUAGGCAUCCUCACAGCUCAGGUGUUUGGGAUCCGGAACAUUCUGGGCAAUGCUGAAGGCUGGCCCAUCAUGUUGGCUCUUACUGGCAUUCCUGCUGUCCUGGAGCUGCUCCUCCUGCCCUUCUUCCCCGAGAGCCCCCGCUACAUGCUCAUCCAGAAAGGCGACGAGAAAAAUGCCAGGACAGGCCUCCAGCAUCUGCGAGGCUGGCAGGAUGUGGAAGAGGAGCUGAAAGAGAUGCGGGUGGAGGAGCAGUCGGAGAAGGCUGAGGGUCAGCUGUCCGUUCUCAAGCUCCUCACCUUGCGCUCCCUGCGCUGGCAGCUGAUAUCCAUUAUCAUUAUGAACAUGGGCCAGCAACUGUCAGGAGUUAAUGCUAUCUAUUACUACGCGGACAGCAUCUUCGGUACAGCAGGGGUGAAAGAGAACGACAUCCAGUACGUGACUGUGGGAACGGGCACCGUCAACGUCCUCAUGACCUUGGCUGCAGUGUUCAUAGUGGAGGCCUCAGGCAGGAAGCUCCUGUUGCUGAUUGGGUUUGGGAUCUGUUGCGGGGCCUGCGUGAUCCUCACCGUGGCCCUCAGCUUGCAGGAGACUCUGCACUGGAUGCCCUAUGUCAGCAUCGCCUGCGUCAUCAUUUAUGUCAUUGGACACGCCAUAGGCCCGAGUCCGAUUCCCACUGUGAUUACCAACGAGGUCUUCCGGCAGUCCUCCAGGCCAGCAGCCUUCAUGGUGGCGGGCUCCGUCCACUGGCUUUCAAACUUCACAGUGGGCCUGGUCUUCCCUUUCAUUGUGAAAGGGCUCGGGGCCUACGGCUUCAUCAUCUUCGCUUUUAUCUGCCUCGUCACGCUCAUCUACAUCUGGGUGGUCAUCCCAGAAACCAAGAACACCACCUUCCUGGAGAUCAGCAAGCUGUUCGCUAAGAGGAACGGGGUGGAGAUUUUGGUGGAGCCUGAUGAGAGCAAGAUGAAAGAGGCAGGAGUGAGAGACGACAAGCAGGUUGCAAUUACGUCCCUCUGACCGCAGACUGGAUCACCGCUGGGGACUAAGUGCUUCUUUAUGUCAGGGCUCUGGUGUAAGUCUGAAGUUCAGAGGCUUUUACUGGAUUUGGAUGAUGAUGUGUUUUGUGUUUCAAAGCACGUUACAUCUUUAUCUUCAAUAAUUGACUGCCAGUUAGACUGUAUGCAUUAUGAUUUUUUUUUUUUUCGGUACAUUAGACUCUUAUAAAGCUCAUAAAGGCUACUGGCAUUGCAAAUGUGUCCAGGUUACCAGCAGUUAAAUCAUGCUGGGCCACUCUAUGAUCCUGUACAUCAUAGAGUGCAUCAGCAGAAACCUAAUGAUAUGUUUGACACUGUCUGUUAAAGGGCACCUGAGAGUUGAUGGCGUAUAGCCAGCGUAAUUAUAGUACAAGUGCAGGCUUCUAGCAUUGGCAGUGUAAAUAGUAAUUUUACAAGCAGUUGUGUAGUCUAGGAUUGGCACGUGGUGCAGCCGAAUCAGAUCACGAGGAGUUCUAGCAAUAUCACUUGAAAUAAGGUUCAAAGUUCCUUGGCAAAGAUGUUGGCAAAGAAAUCAUUUUCUCUUUUUUUUUUUACGUAUUUUUAUUAAUGUUAUUGUUUUUCUUCCAGUAUAUGCAAUGAUGCUUAAAAUAAGCUAUUUUUUAUAUUACUGAAUAAAAAGUUUGCUUCAGAUUAA